AAAAAAAAAAAAAAAAUCGGGAUUAUUAUUUAGCUGUGGACUUUCACGGACAAUUAUUUUCUGCUACUUUAUUAAAAACUACUUUUCACAUCGGAGAGAAUACACGAAAAUUAUGUUCAUAUUGUCAGGUAUUUUAUAAGGGUCGGUUUGAAAGCACAUUAAACCUCUGCAAAAUGAUUUUAAUAGUGAUAGUAAAAUAUUUAUAAGGUUAAAUAAAAUAAAAUGAAGGGUAUUUUUCCCCCCCAGAGAAGCCGAGUGAGAAGAGCGUUAAGGCAAGAUACUUGGAAGGAAAAAAAUAAAAAAAAAAACGCCAGUGGAAUAUAUAAAUGCGCGUUUCAUGUUGUGUGAUUAACUGUAUCAAAUAUAGAAAGCUGUUCGAUAAAGACACGAGGAAGCGGGUUCUUCCGAAGCGGUGUGAUGAUAAUGACCUGCGCUUGAACGAUACUGAGAUGUUUCUAGGAAAAGGAGGGUAUGCCGAUGUCGGCGAUGUGGCGAGUGUUUCAAUCACUCUCGACUCUUGUUCUGCGCGCCUUGACAGAACCGCGUUGUUACUUUCCAGUUCCUCGCGUGUCUAACAAAGGUGUUCCCGACCAGGUGUUUGCCUCGAGAACAGCAAAACCAAGAGGUUUACUCAGAUCUGAAGCUUGAACAGAGAGCAUCAAACACGCAGACUAGGCUUUGACUCGUUUGUUUUGGAAACACGAUAUUGACAGCCAUCAAUUCUGUCGCUUCAUCCUUUAUUUGACAUGUUCUUAUUAUUGUACGGAACGAGCAGUUGCUGUUUUGCCUUGGAUAAUACUGCUCGCCUGGGCUUAUUACAUUAAAACAAGAAAGACACUCUCAUGGGCACCCUGGCGCUGUGAGCAUCACCAUGUUAGCCAUCCAGAACAUGUCCCAGCUGCUCCCUCCCUUGAACUCCAAUGGGACGGUAGGCCAGGGGAACGGGACCCAGGAUGAAGUUGCGGCGGUGCCAGACCCCCCACCGGUCAACUUUUCUGUCUCUGCCAUCAUCCCCGGCCUGUCUAUGACACUGGGCGCCAUCUCCAACAUCAUCGCCUUGGUCAUCCUGGCUAAAUCUUACGCCCGCUUCCGACGGCGCUCCAAAGCCACCUUCCUUCUGUUUGCCAGCUGCUUGGUGGUGACGGACUUCGCAGGACAUGUGAUACCGGGAGCAUUUGUUCUCCGGUUGUACGCUGUACACAAAAAAUGGAGCGAUAUUGACCCCACGGGAGCGUUGUGUCAGCUCUUUGGGGCAAGCAUGGUCUUUUUUGGGCUGUGUCCACUCUUUCUUGGCUGUGUGAUGGCUAUUGAGCGCUGUGUGGGAGUCACCCGCCCGCUCCUGCAUGCUUCUCUGGUGACCUCGACCCGUACUAAGCUGACACUCUCAGGGAUCUGGCUCUCUGCUCUCUGCAUCUCCCUGCUGCCCAGCCUGAAUGUGGGCAACUACUCCAUACAGUUCCCCAAUACCUGGUGCUUUAUCAGGGUGCAUGGCCCCAACCAGAGCUCAGACCUGGCCUUUGGACUCCUCUUCUCCCUGCUCGGCCUGGCCUCCUUGGGAGUGUCCCUGGUUUGCAACACCAUCAGCGGGCUCAGCCUGGUCCGCGCACGCUGCCGCAAGCGCACCUGCAACCGGAGAGCCAAGUCCCACGACAUUGAGAUGGUGGUGCAGCUGCUUGGGAUCAUGGUGGUGUCCUGCAUCUGCUGGAGCCCCAUUCUGAUCUUCGUGGCUCUGUCAGUCAGCCAGUCGCUCAGCAGCUCACAGUAUGACGUGCGACACUACGAGUGGCUCAUGUUCCUGGGGGUGCGGCUGGCUUCCUGGAACCAGAUCCUGGACCCCUGGGUCUAUAUCCUGCUGCGGAGGGCCGUCCUGAGGAAGAUCUAUCAGAUUGUGAUGAGGCAGGGAGACCUCAAGGGCAGCAAGCUGGGACGAUGGGAGGCCAGCUCCUUCCAGAGCUGUGAAGGGACAGUCAUGAAGCGGCUCUGACCCACCUGCGCACACCCAUCUUCAGCUGUGCUUCAUGAACCCUCCCUGGGAGAGGCAGCAAUAGGGUCUUCUGCAACUCCGUUGGCUCAAACAAGGACCAUGGAUUUUGCUUUUUCCACAUUGUAUGUGGAGUACAUGAAAUGUGCCUCAAAUGUUUCUGCUGGAAGCUUGUUAGACUGGGAUAAGCAUUCCAGUGUAACCAACAUCACAUUGAUCUAAUCCAAUAGGACAGCCGGCGGAGAAGGUUAUGAAACUACAUCCUGCUGUCGGCCAUGUUGGCUCAAUCUGCUGUCUAGUUUGACACAAUGCUGAUUCUGUGUUUGGCAGCAGUUUGAAAAUCACCUCCUACUCUCAGGAAUCUGCUGGGAGAAGGUGAGACAUAAGAACAUAAGAUCAGUUAGGAAGGAGAGCAGCCCAUCUGGUCCAUCUUACUUGUUUGGUUCCUAGUAAGCGAUUGAUUUCAGAACAGCUUGGAAAACCAUCGCACAAAAUGUGGAGUUCGAAAUAGUGACUGGGGUUGACUGCACAGAGUAGUGCUCUUCAGAAGAGGCAAUGGAGUUCUGUGCAUCCUUUAACACGAACAUUUCUGAAUGAGAGGAGGCCAAUCAGCCCAUCAGUGCUGGUAGCUGAUUGUAUUGCUGGAUAAACCUUACCAACAAACUCAGUGGCACUUCAGUAAUCCAAUGGUAGCAAAAGGGCAGCUACAAGGAUGAGGCUGUCAUUGGCAGAAUGGUAGCACAUAGCUUGACAUUCACUGGUAUCACAAUUAACCAUUACACACUGCCAGUUAGAGCUGGGACAGACAUCGCUUUCAUGUUCAGAUAUUCUUUCUUUAAACAGUUAUUGCAAUAUUUUUGAAUUAGGUAGAAAAAUAACCGUGGCACUCUUAUUAAAUGACCUGUUAAAGGAUGGAAAGAAACGCUGGUAUGUGCGUGGAAUGUGUGUAAUUGAUUUCAGACAUUGAUUAUGUGUUUCCUGUGCAUGGUAUCUGUAAUAUAGUAAUAUAUAAACUGUGACAUGAAUGAAUAGGAACAUGGUUAUUUUUGCCAGUAUACAUUUCAAGCAAUGUGAUAUCAUUUUGUAGUUUCUUUGAUUACAUGAUGUUAAAGAAAAGAUCUAAAUUAUGUUCAUCUUAUUUUUUUUAAUUAUGUCACAAUCCUAAAACUUUAGGUGAUGCAAAGCCUUUGGCCAGAGCUGUAAUACAAUGUAUUUAAGUCUGUUUGUCCUUCUUUGCACUGUGACACAAUACACUCCUGUGCAAUGUUUGGUCUUUGUUACUUCCUUUGUCUUAGAACAUCAGAACAUUUUGAGCAACAUUCAGUAACUUCUUCAAACCCUCCUUCAAUCAGGAGGAAAUCUGUGCAGCACCUUGCAGAGCCCCACAGAGAGGAGAAGCACAGGCAUGUGAAGACAACUGGAUUUCAUCCCUAAUGAAACUGAACUGCAAUUGUAGCUGUAAAUUAAAAUGGCAGAUUACCCACAUGUUGUUUUGGCAGUGUACAUGUAAAUAAUGCACCUUACAAAUGUUUUUUAAGUAAACCUAUAAAUUCCCUGAAUCAGCUGAAAUAAUGUACCGAAAUAUCUCCAAAGAUUCCACUUUCCACUGUCUAUCUACACUGCAAUACAGAUUCCACUUUCCACUGUGAGCUAUCGAGCCAUUAGCAAGUUAUUACCUGAGUAACACAGAGCAUCAUUAAACAAGAAACACAAAGAACAAAAAGAUUGCUUGCAGAAAAUGCCUUUGGUGCUGUGGACCGGGGGAAGAUUAAUGCUAGCGUGUGAUGGCUAUAUAAGGUAUUUUACUUCAUCACUGCUAUUAGUUUAAUAGAAGAAAAAUAUCACAUUGAUAAAAACAUAUGUUUUUCCUUCAGCAAAAGAGGCAGAUGUCAGGGUGCCAAUGACUGGGGGGCUGGGGGUGGGGUUGAUUCCUUUAAGUUUCUCCAGAUAGUUUUAUUUCCACGUUUCCUUUUUAACAUGUUUUAAGCCGAACAGAACAGAAAGGAACCCUUUAAAAAUGUGUUCAUUGUAUGAUGACAUUUUUUGCCUUCUAUGUGCUUUUUUUCAGCACUUCAGUACCAAUCAAUGAUGAUGAGAAAGCGUCUCCUGCUUUUGCUUAUAUUAAGGAAGAUUACAUAGUAUUCAUUUCGUCAGUAAAGAAGUGAUAACAUUUCAUUUGAUCAGAAAAGGAAUACGAUGUAAUCUUAUUACACCUGGAUCAAAAAAACUCCAGCCAAGAUCAGCAAAGAAAUUAGCCUUCGUAAAAUACUUAGUUAAUUUAGAUUGUCAGAAGGCGCUUUCUCAAGAUCAUUAAUUGGUACCGAAAAAUGGAAUAGGCAGGAAAUGUCAUCAUGCAAUUAACAAGUUUUUAACAGGUUCCUUUCUGUUUGAAGGGAUGCCCAUCACCUUACAGCAUGGUAAAGGGGGGAUCUGGAAAUACAACCAUUCAGAGAAACUGAAAGGGUUUGCCUACAUGGAUUACUAUUCACCAGACUUAAUCAGAAUAACGACUUCAGAAGGAAAUUCCUGUUUCUGCAAUCAGAGCAGCUUCUAAACAAAACUCACAAAAGCUGAUUCGUGACUUAAUUUAUUGGACACAGUCAAAAAAUAAGAUAUUUAACACAUUUCAUCACCUUUAAUAGUUUAAUAGUAGAAAGUGGCUGAAAAAAAUCCUAGUAUUUUUAAUCACGGCAAACGAUCCAAGCAGAAACUGCAAUAAAAGAAAUAUAUACAGAACAAAUACUAUGUCAUAUUAAAUGGUAAGAAAUUAAAUAUUUUGAUACAGGAAGGGCCUGGUUUGCAGAUUGGACACUGGAGGAUAGCAUAGAGAUAGAGAAAGAGAAAGAGAAAGAGAAAGAAAAAGAGUGAGAUGAAAAGUGGAAAUCAAAGAUAUUAUUGGAUUACUACUGCAUAAUGUAAUAACUGUACUUGUGUAGAAAUGAAAUUACAA